UACCCUCAGAAUUACGGUAUCUUUCGGCCUGACCGCACGGUCAUAACGUUGCUAGAAUUAAAAAAAGGGAUAACGGAUAAAGGAAACGAAAUCUAUAGGCUCUUAUCUCGUAUUGACCCCCGAAAAGGUGUUAGAAAGGGGAUAUUGGUUCGUGGAUUUUUGUAUUUUGUUAUAUAUAUUUUUUUGAGAAGACGAAAAAGGUGUUUCCGGGGGGUAUUUUUAAAAAUUUUUUUUAAACGAAAAGCAAAAUGCAGAACGGGAAACAGCAAAAUAACGAGACGAAACUAGAUGUACAAGAUGUGGAACUAAGCUUUAAGAAGAAAGGACCCAGAACAAACCUAGAGAAGUUUUUAAUCUUCUUCAGUGUGGCCACUCUAGCAGUCUGUGUUGUUUUCAUUGUCCUCUAUAUCAACAGCACCAAAGAGGAAAAACUGAACACAGCUAGUGAAACCGGCGCCAGCUCUUCAAGCAACAUCUGUCUUACCCCAGAAUGUUCAAUAGCUGCGUCGCGACUCUUGAGUUCUUUAAACACGGAAGUCGCUCCCUGUGAGAAUUUCUACGAGUUUGCCUGCGGAACAUGGGCAAAAAAGAAUGUCAUUCCCGAGGACGUCUCCAGCUAUACAAUGUUCAGUGUCGUUCGGGAAGACGUGGAAGUUAUCAUGAAAACUGUCCUGGAAUAUCCGGCCCAGCAAGACGACCCUUUAUCCGUGGUACACGCCAAAAACCUCUACAAGUCCUGUAUCAAUCAAACAUACAUUGACAGUCGCGGCAUCGAGCCAACGUUUGGACUUUUGAAGGAACUCGGCGGGUGGCCAGUUCUGGGUAACAACAAGGGCGGUAACUGGAGCGAGUCACAGUACGACCUGACAACACUCCUGUUGGAUCUACUCCGAUAUAACAACAAGCCGCUCAUAAACCUCUACGUCUACACGGACUCCAAAAACUCCACCAUCAGAAUUAUAUACUUAGAUCAACCCGACUUUGGAAUGCCCGGUAGGAAAUACUAUCUGAAUGGUUUGGAUGAUCCUAUGGUGCAAGCUUACAAGAAGCUGGCCCAAGCUGUGGCUGAGGAAUUUCACGCAGACCCAAGUACAGCGGCCGCGGAUAUGGAAGACGUCGUUAAAUUGGAAACCGACAUUGCAAAUAUCACUAUGAAGGAUGAGGACAGGAGAGACAACUUCUUGUUGUACAACCCGAUAGAGAUGAGUAAGCUCAGGGACAACUAUACCGUACCAUCUAAUGCAAUGUUUAAUUGGGAACAAUUUAUUACACGUGUAAUGAGCAUUGAUGGAGUCGAUGUCUCCUUACCCCCCAAUGAAACCAUCAUCGUUAGAGCCAUUCCAUAUUUUUCAAAAAUGUUUGAAGUCCUCGGAAAAUAUCCUAAAAAAACUGUCGCAAAUUAUCUUAUCUGGCGUAUAAUGAAAAACAGAAUAAGUAAUCUGGGUCAGAAGUUUCAGGAACUUACCACUGAGUAUAACAAGGCUAUAUAUGGCACCUCAACUCCUCGGGCAAGAUGGCGGACGUGUGCGUCAUACGUCAACACUUACUACGGUCUCUCUCUGGGUCGGCUGUUUGUAAAGGAAGCUUUUGAUGAGGAUGCUAAAAAAGAGACGUUAGAUAUGAUCCAUAAUCUAAGAGACGCUUUUGGAGAGCUUGUGAAUGAAAACACUUGGAUGGACGAUACCACAAGAGCUCUUGCAAAAGAAAAGGCAAAAUAUAUUCAAGAGAAGAUUGGAUAUCAAGAUUUUAUCCUAAAUACCACAGCGUUGGAUGAGUACUACGAAAAUUACACAGCUGCAGCAGACACAUAUUUUGAAAACGUAUUGUCUAAUCUUAAACGGUCGUCGAUCGAUUCCUUGCGAUAUCUACGAUACGAAGUGGAUAAGAAUGACUGGGGUACGGCACCUGCCACAGUAAAUGCGUAUUACAACAGUGUUCUAAACAGAAUAAUGUUUCCUGCUGGAAUUUUACAGCCGCCAUUUUUCUCCCGUACACAGACAAAAUCUAUGAACUACGGAGGCAUUGGCGUGGUCAUAGGACAUGAAAUCACGCACGGAUUUGAUGACCGAGGAAGACAGUAUGACAAAGAUGGUAACCUGAAGCAAUGGUGGACGGACGACGUGAUACAGAAGUUUAAGACCCAGGCGCAGUGUCUGGUUGACCAGUACGGGGAUUUCUCUGUACCGGAAGCUGAUGGUAUGAAGAUGAAUGGUAUAAAUACUCUGGGAGAGAACAUUGCCGACAAUGGGGGACUAAAGGAGAGUUUCAGGGCGUACAGAAGAUGGGUGGAGACACGUGGGAGUGAAGAGGAACAGCUACCUGGCGUCAAAUACACACACAAUCAAAUAUUUUUCAUUAAUUUUGCUCAGGUUUGGUGCGGAAAUAUGAGGAAGGAGGCUGCCAUAAACCGGAUUCUGACAGGUGUUCACAGUCCGGGAAGAUUCAGGGUUAUUGGUACAUUGCAAAAUUCGGCUGAUUUCUCCAGAGCUUUUAACUGCAAUGCUAGCAGCUUUAUGAACCCACAAAAGAAGUGCUCUGUUUGGUAAACGAUGCUAGGUUCGACAGGAAAAGAAUCCUACAUAUGUAGAGAAACAACAUUGAGAAGAUACACAUUCUUUUAUUACUGCAUGCCAUGCAAUUAUUUGUGUUUAGAAGAAAAUAUGAAUUUUGAUUCAAACUCGAGGAUUUCAAGAUUUUUACUAAGUGUACAUGUAUAAAUUAUUUUACUAAUUUGAUAUAUUUUCCCCUCAUUUAAUACAUGCAAGCUAUGACUAGGAUUUUAAUUUUACAUGUGUUUUUUUAAAAAAAAUUUAUCAACUCUUUCAUUUUAAAAAAAAAUUUUUCAAUACAUUCAGAAACAAAUUCAGAUUUGUGGAAAAUAGCUGAAGAUAUUAAGGCAAACUUUUGCAAUUGUGUUACUAAAUGCAUAAAUAUGAUAUAUAAAUCGCAUAUUUAACUAGAAUAAAAAGAUCGAAUAAGUUAAAGAAGCGGGUUAAAUGGAUGUACGUGAAUAUAUAUGCAUACAUUGUAUACCAAAGUGUGUUUAAAAUAUUUCAUUCACGCGUUGAUUAUCAAAACUGUGUCAACGCCAAUGGUGAUGUCAGAUCAUUGCGAUUUGUUUAUAUAAUUAAGCUAAUGGUCGAAUUCUAAUAAAAAUAUUUAUUAAGGGG